UGACUUGAAUUUUACGUUUGGAUUGGGAAAAUCAGAUCGCAAAGACUCUCUCUAUCUCUCUUGGUCUUCUCCGAAGAGAGUCUUAAGCCUUUAGAAAUUUGAAACAAAGAAAUAGUAACAACAGCUUUUACAUUUGCCAGAGAGUGUCGACACAAAAAUGGAGGAAGAGAACAAACAGUUACUGAACGAUGAGAAAGACAAAGAAGCAGUAAAACCGAAACCACAAACAGAAGAAGAAGAAGAAGAAGAAGCGAAAUCGGAAGCACCGAAAAAAGCCAGUGUCGGUGGUGGUGGUGGCGGAGGAGGAGGAGGGUGGGGCGGUUGGGGUUUCUCUAAUCUCUCUGUUUUCUCAGAACUCCAAAAGGCCGCUGAAGAAAUCUCUCGUAAUGCUGCUGCUGUUGCUCAGACCGCAGCUAAAAGCAUUUCAGACAUGCAAAUUGCAGAUGAGGACACUGAAUCUUCUAAGGAUGAGGAAGAGGCAGAAGACUCGACCAAUGAAAAGGAAAGUGAAGAUGAUAAAGACAAGAUACGGAAAGCUGCUUUGGAUAAGUUGGAGAAAGCUAGUGACGAGUCAAUCUUUGGCCAGGGUUUGAAGGUUCUUGACAAUUCUGUAGAGAAUUUGGCUUCUGGAGCAUGGCAAGCGUUAGGAAGUGCAUGGAGAGGGGGUUCAGAUUUUGUUCACAAGAUUGAGCAUUCUGCUGUUAACCUGGCAGAAUCUAUUCAGCAUGGUGGAUUACCAGCACCUGGCUCUGUUGCACCAUCAAUAUUAGAGACUGGAAAAGCUUUUACAGCAAAGGGAAUGCAAGUGCUUGAACUUGUAGGCAAGGAGACCAUUGAUCUACUAAUUACUGAGACUGGUAUUGAAGUUGAGAAGAAUUCAAAAGAAACUGAACAACAAACUGAUGAGGAUCAGUUGUACGAGGAAGUGACAUUUGAUCGAUGCUUCUACAUAUAUGGAGGUCCAGAACAGUUGGAGGAGCUGGAGGCAUUGUCCAACCAUCAUGGCCUGUUAUGUAACCGAAGAAAAGCAAAAUUAUCAUCGGAACAGAGACCUGCAUUUGAUGGGAAGCUUAAACAGGUCCAGCAAAUUUUUAGUUUGAGUACUGAAAUGGAUGGAAAUGGUGUAGAGACAGACAAAGGGAAGAAAGUAGAGACUGGGGCUGAGGGAAGUGAUGAUGAGAUGAAGAAAUUACACGACUCAAGUGUUAGCAAGGCUGCUGACAUGGCUGUGGGGUUCACUAAUGCAUUAGCAGGAGUAGCUGUUAAUGAUAUGAUCCAAAGGACUGCUGGCAGAAUAGACUCACUUCACUCAGAGGGAGUUCAUAGACUCUCAGAAAUGUGCUGUUUUGCUGUUUCCCAACUGUUGAUGCUUGGUAAAUCCAUUCUUUCUAAUGCUAGCAAAGUUCAGGAUGAAGUUGCUGAUGAGGAUAUUGCCAAAAUUGACUGGCCUGAGGAUUCUGUUGAAAAAGCUAAGAUAAUCAGAACAAAGGCACAGUCAAUGACAGGAUAUGUGGAAGCUGUUUCCAACAGCUUUAUUACAGGCAUAUCGGACGUAACGGAAGCUUAUUUAGCAGCCAUAAAGGGUGCCACAGCUGAAUCCCAUGAAGUUAUUCCACAAACUUCAAUCCAGGAAAAAGCCAAUGCUUUCUCUGAACAUCUGCGUGCAGAUCGGAUCACAGCUGUGUGCAAAAUCCAGGAUGGGCUCCAAUAUUUAUCUUAUGUAGUCCUUUCAACCUCCAUGCCUUCUGCUUGAAAAUAUUGCUUCCUCUGUGACACACCCUUAUUUGUUCAAUUAGUUCUGCUUGUAAAUAGUUACAGUUUAGAGUGGGUAUGAUCCCUGAUAUUGUUUGAAAAUCUAUGCGCUAACAUUUGUUAUUGAAGUCAGCCAAGAAUAGAAGAUACACUCUCUGUCUCCGGAAGUCUUCAACUUGUUUGGAAGUUCCGAUUACUGGACAUUUUAUUUUCCCUUCGAAUCAUAAAUAAAUUAAGGAAAAGGAAACAUGAAGAGAGAAUAAAAUUUAUGGUAGGCAUGGAUUUGAGAGCU